CCCUCACUUAACUCUCACCCCCACCCUCUCUCUCUCUCUCUCUUUGAAGAAAGAGUUGAGUUUUCAGGCUUUUUUUAAGUCAAUAGUCUUUGAAGUAGUUGGAGAAGGGAAAAAUGGCUGUGGUGAGUGUAGUAUGCGUUUUACUCUUUAUCUCCUCAAUGUGGAUGGCUGAAGCAAAAAUUCCAGGAGUCUACUCUGGUGGAGCAUGGCAAAAUGCCCAUGCUACCUUCUAUGGAGGUUCUGAUGCUUCUGGCACCAUGGGAGGAGCUUGUGGCUAUGGAAAUUUAUACAGCCAAGGGUAUGGAGUUAACACGGCAGCAUUGAGCACAGCAUUGUUCAACAAUGGCUUAAGCUGCGGUGCUUGCUUUGAGAUCAAGUGCGCAAAUGAUCCAAAGUGGUGCCAUUCAGGCGGCCCUUCCAUCUUCAUCACAGCAACCAACUUCUGCCCACCAAACUAUGCUCUUCCCAACGACAAUGGUGGCUGGUGCAACCCUCCUCGCCCUCACUUUGACCUUGCCAUGCCCAUGUUCCUUAAAAUUGCAGAGUACCGUGCCGGUAUCGUUCCCGUUUCCUACCGCCGGGUGCCAUGCCGAAAGAGGGGAGGGAUCAGGUUCACGAUCAACGGCUUCCGUUACUUCAACUUGGUCUUGAUCUCCAACGUUGCGGGUGCAGGGGAUAUCGUGAAGGUUAGCGUGAAAGGAUCCAGGACCGGUUGGAUGAGCAUGAGCCGAAACUGGGGUCAAAACUGGCAGUCAAACGCGGUUCUCGUCGGUCAGUCACUCUCCUUCAGGGUCACAGGCGGUGACAGACGCACUUCCACCUCGUGGAACAUCGUCCCCGCCAAUUGGCAGUUCGGCCAAACAUUCGCUGGAAAGAAUUUCAGAGUUUGAUUGUUCAAAAUUUGAAAACCAAACAACGAAAAAAGAAAAAACCAAACAAAGGAACGAAACUAUUAACCCUCCAUAAGUUAAAAAACCAAAGUUAGCAGCAGUAAAAAUGAAGUUUCCCGCCAUAAUCCAUUUCCCAUUUUUACCGUCAUUGGCGCCAAACUUUUCUUCGUUAGGGUGAUGUUUCUUUUUGACCAAUUGGGUUUCGGGUUGGGGCUGCUGGCACUCAUUUAGGUUAAGGGGAAAGAAAAGUGAAGAUUUUCAUGGAUUUUUCUCUCUCUUUUUUGUUCUGACUUUUGGAUUGGUGGGUUUGUUUUUAUUGUGUGAAGGGCUUCUUUUUUUUCAUCUUUUUGUUGUUUUAGCGUCAAGAGAGGAAGGGAAAGAAGAAGUGUAGGGGAAGGACUGAGGCGGCUGCACACAAAAAGGAAAUGUAGCCCGCAGCCUAAUAUAAAUUUAGUGUCACUAGCUAUAGUAUGAUUAUAUAUAUAUAUAUAUAUUUGGGAAGUGUAUUGUUGUAACUUUAUAUAUAAUUGAAUUGGAAUUUUAUAUUUGGUUUGUUUCUCUUA